AUGACGACAACCACGCCCCCAAACUUCCCCUUCCAACGCGCCUCGGGUCUCGAACCGCCCGCAGAAUACGCCCGUCUCCGCGCCACAGAACCCGUCUCGCAAGUGAAGCUCUUUGACGGCUCCCUCGCAUGGCUCGUGACGAAGUACAAAGACGUGUGCGCCGUCGCCACGGAUACGCGUCUCUCCAAGGAACGCACCCGCGCUGGGUUCCCCGAGCUCAGCGCCGGCGGGAAAGCGGCGGCAGCGAACAAGCCCACCUUUGUCGACAUGGACGCGCCGGCACAUAUGCAGCAGCGCGGCAUGGUUGAGCCGCUUUUCGUGCGGGAGCACAUCGCGUCCAUGAAACCGUAUAUCCAAAGUACUGUGGAUAAUCUCCUGGAUAAGAUGGUAGAGCAGGGGUGCGACGAGCCGAUUGACUUGAUUGACAAGUUUGCGUUGCCUGUUCCGUCAUAUGGAGAAGAUGGAGAGGCGCAAGAAGGAGACGCUGCUACAGGUGCCUUGGGGUCCCCGCUGACUUCCUUCUUCAAGAUCAUCUACACCAUCCUCGGUGUCCCGUUCGAGGACCUCGAGUAUCUCACCCAACAGAAUGCCAUCCGCACAAACGGCAGCGGUACCGCGUUGCAAGCUCAAUCUGCAAACCAAGAACUCCUCAACUACCUCGCAAAACUAGUCGACCAGCGCAACAUUGAGCCCAAAGACGACCUCAUUAGCAAAUUGGUCGUGGAACAGCUCAGACCUGGUCACAUUGAGAAAUCGGAUGCCGUGCAAAUCGCCUUCUUGCUACUCGUUGCUGGCAAUGCGACGAUGGUCAACAUGAUUGCUUUGGGCGUCAUCGAACUCUUCCGGAACCCAGCUCAGCUCGCCCAACUCAAAGCCGACCCAUCGCUCGCCCCGGCCUUCGUCGAAGAGCUGUGCAGAUACCACACCGGUUCCGCUAUGGCGAUGAAGCGUGUGGCCAAGGAGGACAUUGUACUCAGUGGCAAGGCAAGUAACCAUCUUCUGCGGCCUGAGUCUUUCUGCCAAACCAUCAAGGCGGGCGAGGGCAUCAUCGCCUCAAACCAAUCCGGCAACCGAGACGAAGACGUCUUCCCCGACCCGGACGUCUUUGACAUGCACCGGGCACCGGACCCGAACCACGCGCUGGGAUUCGGCUUCGGGCCGCAUAGAUGUAUCGCCGAGCCACUUGCGCGGGCAGAGCUCGAGACUGUCUUUGGUCACAACACAGCAACACUGUUCCAGAAGCUCCCCAGCCUAAGAAUCGCCGUACCGAUUUCGGAUAUCGAGUACACGCCCCUGCACAAGGAUGUCGGAGUAGUCAAGUUACCGGUAGCAUGGUGA